UUUCUUGGCGCGAUAGCUGGUAUAUGCUUCAUGCGAAUGGUAGUAAUUCACCUAUCAGAACUCAACGAUGUCGAGCACCAUAUCCAUAUGGAUUAUGCUGAUUCAUCUACGGUGACUAACGUCUUGAGCUAUCUCAGCAACGUGUGCUGCAAGAAUUGCACCUUACCCACUACCGUCCUUCACGAUCACUACUCUACUUCGUCUUUCACCUUCUGCUCCAAUGUCAUCAAUACAGCUCAAGCUGCAAUUUAUCAGCUGCGUUCUAACAGCUUGUGUGAAGGCGUCUUUCGCGAGUCGUUUUUGGUAAUCGCCUGUUUUUUUGAUCUUAUCAUUGUUAUAAACCUAUCGCUAUGUGUAGGAUCACCCGAACAAACUUACAAUUGAUCGUAGAGUUGAUAAGUGCAGCACAAGAGGCGCGACUGAGGAGCACAUGGCAAUAAGCUCAAAGGCGUUCUUCUACAUCGAGGUUGUGGACCUUCCAGCUUCCUUCAAAUGCAAGAUACAGAAAUCCUCAAAGUUGAACUACUUUGCAAUUGUU